AUGGAUAUUUCAACGUUUAGCGACACGGCCGUCGGCAAUUUCGAUCAGCACACUGUUCUAUGGGCCCUCAUCGUCGGCAUCAUUCUCGCGUUUUUGCUCGGCGCUGGAAUGGGCGCCAACGAUGUUUCAAACGCAUUCGGCACAUCUGUCGGUUCCGGUGUGGUUACCGUAAUCCAGGCCUACAUUUUGGCGUCAAUUUUUGAAACGCUGGGUUCGGUACUAGUUGGUUGGAGUGUGACGGACACAAUGCGCAAAGGCGUCGUCGACACCAGCCAGUACGCCGAUUCGCCGAAGGAGCUGCUAUUGGGACAGGUGGCGAUUCUCGGAGGCUGCGCCGCUUGGCUCCUCAUCGCCACCGCCCUCCACAUGCCCGUCUCGACGACGCAUUCGCUCGUCGGCGCCACCGUCGGCUUCUCGGUCGUCCUGCGCGGCUUCCACGGCAUCCAAUGGUGGGCGAUCGCGAAAAUCGUCGCCUCGUGGUUCGUCUCGCCGGCGCUCUCCGGCUUCAUCUCGUCGUGCCUCUAUUUGAUCGUCGAUCAUCUCGUCCUGCGUCAGAAAAAUCCCGUCGAGCACGGACUCCGCCUUCUGCCGGCCUUCUAUUUCGUUUGUCUCGGCUUCAACGCCAUCAUGAUCUUCUGGGAUGGAUCGCAAUUGCUCCACUUCAACGAGAUCCCAAUCUGGGGUGUGUUCAUCAUCGCCGUCGGCGUCGGACUCAUCGCCGCCGCGUUUUCGCACUUUGUGAUGAAGCCGAGAAUCCAGCGCAAAAUCCAGAGUGCCGAUGCGACGCCACCUACAAUCGCCGACAUCGCGUUCAGCGAUCUCGAAUCGGCCAAAUCGACGACGUCGCCGCCAACCGACGCCGACGAGACGACGAACGCGAUGCGGCGAUUCGUCGCGUGGCUUCUACCCGAUCGCAAUCGUCAAGACGGUCCGAGCAUCACCCAGAUGUUCGCCACCAUUCAGGUGUUCACCGCGUGCUUCGCCGGCUUCGCCCACGGCGCUCAGGACGUCAGCAAUGCCGUCGCGCCGCUGGCGGCGCUCAUCUCCAUCUAUCGCUACAAGUCGACGAGUCAGAGCGAGGCGGUGCCGAUUUAUGUGCUCCUCUAUGGCGUGCUCGCGAUUUGCAUCGGCCUCUGGACGUUGGGACAUCGUGUGAUUCGGACCGUCGGCACGCGAAUGUCGGAGAUCAAUCCGGCGAGCGGAUUUUGCAUCGAGUUCGGCGCCGCGAUGACGGCGCUGUUGGCGAGCAAAUUGGGAUUGCCGAUUAGCACAACGCAUUGUUUGGUGGGAAGUGUGGUUGCCGUCGGAUCGUUGCGAUCCGGCGAAGGUGUCAAAUGGUCGAUUUUCCGCAAUGUCGUCAUUUCGUGGGUGGUGACACUUCCAGUCGCCGGCCUCAUAUCAGCUGGUUUGAUGCUCAUUAUAAAAUGGGCGGCCCUUUAA